AUGAGAGGGAAGCCAAUUUCAGGGAAAGCAAUUCUAGUUCUAUGCAUAGCAAGCUUUCUUGCAGGAUCUCUCUUUACUGGCACGAAUUGGACCCGUCCUUCUCAAGCUAAGGAUAAUAGGAUUGCAGUCAUUCCUCAUCAUGUCACAAAGCUGCAGGAAGUGAAGCAAGAUUGUGAGCCCAAGCGUAGAUUGGUUGAAGGCAAGCCUGGCGAUAUUAUGGGAGAAGUUCAGAAAACCCAUGAUGCUAUAAAAUCUCUUGAGAACACAAUGUCCACUUUAGAAAUGGAAUUGGCUGUGGCUCGUACAGGUCAAUCAAAUGGGCAGCGACAUAACUCACUAGAAACUCUUGCUAAUCACACUUUACAAAAAGCUUUUGUCGUGAUUGGAAUUAAUACCGCAUUUAGCAGCAGAAAACGCCGGGACUCACUUCGACGAACUUGGAUGCCAAAAGGUGACAAGUUAAAGAAAUUGGAGAAAGAAAAAGGAAUUGUGAUACGGUUUGUGAUUGGACACAGUGCCACACCUGGCGGUGUUCUUGAUAAAGCAAUAGACUCUGAGGAAGCAGAAUAUAAGGAUUUUCUCAGGCUCAAUCAUGUUGAAGGAUACCACGAACUCUCUACCAAGACAAGAUUGUAUAUUUCCACUGCUGCUUCAAUCUGGGACGCUGAGUUCUACCUCAAGGUGGAUGAUGAUGUUCAUCUAAAUUUAGGCAUGCUAAUGAGUACACUUGCAAAAUACCGGUCCAAACCUAGGAUCUACAUUGGAUGCAUGAAAUCUGGGCCAGUUCUCUCUCAAAAAGAGCAAAAAUAUUAUGAGCCAGAGUUUUGGAAAUUUGGGGAAGAUGGAAACAAGUACUUCAGGCAUGCCACAGGCCAACUGUACGCCAUCUCUAAGGACCUUGCUGCCUAUAUCUCCAUCAACUCGCCCAUAUUGCAUAGAUAUGCCAAUGAGGAUGUCUCUUUGGGCUCUUGGCUUCUAGGCUUGGAAGUGGAACAUGUGGAUGAACGUUCCAUGUGUUGUGGAACACCUCCAGAUUGUGAAUGGAAAGCACAAGCAGGGAAUGUAUGCGUGGCGUCAUUUGACUGGUCAUGUAGCGGAAUAUGCAAAUCCGUAGAAAGAAUGAAAAUGGUGCACAAUUCUUGCGGAGAAGGAGAAGGAGCUAUUUGGAAUGUUGAUCUUUAA